AUGGCGGCUCACACCAGCAACGGCAACACCUACUGGGAGAACAACGAAGAGCAGCCUGGCCGUACGCGCUGGGUCGACUACAAGUUCCACGACUACGACAGCACGCAGCUCGACCCCAUCUGGCACGCGUGGCUCUCCCACACCCGCUGCGAGCCGCCCAGCACAGACCCGAUCGCCUCUCACUUCGAGCGGCCCUGGCAGUCGCCUGCCUAUGAAAACUUCACGGGCACUCGCGGCGCGUACCGUCCCUACAACACGACCAAGCCCAAGCGGGUAUGUGCACCUCACUCACCUCAGUACGCGUGGGAGCCCAAGAUCGCCGCUCGGCAAGCCUAG